AGAGAUGUUUGAGGCGGCUGUGUCUGGGUUUGUGAAGGCGGUGGGGAAAGACUCCCUCCUCCCAGUUCCUGACCUGAACUCAGCGAACAAGUGUCGACCGCUUCACAUCGCGGUUAAGAAGAACCCGAAGUGGUUCUGGCAGAGUCCCAAGUACAUGCCGACUUCCUUUAAGGUGCACCAGAUCCUCACCAAGACAGAGGAGAUAGACGUGGCUGUGAGCUGCAGGACUCUCGUGGAGUACAACAAGACGUCUCACUUCUCGGUGAAGGGCUCGGUCGGGUCUAAGAUCCUUAAGGAGGUUGACCUUGACGUGAGCGGGUCGGGCGUGGUCGCCAUUAAGGCCAGCUUCGGCAAGGUCAACAAGUGUGACGUGGACGUCCCGACGCUCAUGCAGGCGCUGGAUAAAAGAUUUGUAGACUUCCGUCACGACUUUGUGAAGGAGGUUCGCGGAAACCCCCGUAACGUCCUCUGUGUUGUCGUGGGAACGGCCUGUACCAUUAACCCUUCAGUGCUGAGCUCCGAGGAGGACCUGGAGGGGAGCCAGAAGGCCACCAUCUCCCUGGGCACCACGGCCAACAUCGACCAGGAAGGUUCGAUAACGAACGAGACAGACAAGGUGUUUGACCUCCCGCCGGAGACGCCGCUUGCGUACAACGUGUGCGAGAUUCUGGUGAAGGAAGAUGGUGGGAUAGACCUGAUGUACACGCGAGAAGGGAGCGGGGGGUUUGCUGCCAAGGCUGGGGCAGGUGUGGUGCACACUGAUGCUCCUCCUAACACAGAACUGGGCUACACCAUGAAGCCUCUGCUGUCCAUGGAGGAACAGAAACGGGACAGCGUGACCUCUGCUGUCCUCAAGGUCAUGGAAGUGCCAGCUGACCUUCCAGUGGUGGAGGAACUGCUGGAUGAUGUUGUUGACGGCAGAAAACCGAAGCCCUUUGCGGAGUUCAAGUCUGCCUGUUCCAACCCGACUGCUGUUCUCGCGUUUCUGUCUGCCAUUGACUUUCAAAUGGAUACUCCCUUCACAGAUGAAGACAAGGCUCUGAUUCGCUCCCUGGAUGCUCUGUUUGACGGACUUCUGGAGUUGUCUGAUGAACAGUGCCUGGCCCUGAAGGAGUGCAACUCUAACUUCGCCCCUGCAAUUCUGCAUGUGCUUGAGCAGGGAAUAGCCGGCCAUCCCGUGCCCUUAGAUGACCCCGCCAUCAGCAUCCUCUAUGUCAAGUCCAACAACCCUGGGCAGGACUUCCUGGAGGCCUUGGACUUCGGCAUCCAAGACGUGGGGAAUAAGAAGUCUCUGGUGACGGAAGAUGAUGGCAAGAGGCUGUACGCAGCUCAGCAAGCUGUGUACGGGCUCUGGGGCGGGCUGUAGGGCUAUCCAGAACAUCCAGAAUCAAGCUUGGACAUGGUUCUGGAUACUAGUAGUUAACACCUUGGGGUGCACUGUAGGGCUAUCCAGAACCGUGCUUCAUCCAGAAUAA